AGAGCUCGGUGGUUUAAAGAUGGCGGCGGCGGCGGCGGCGCUGGGGACGCGGAGCCGCGGGAGGAGGAGGGGGAAGGAGGGUCUGUGAGUUGCCGAGAGGCAGCGUGAGGAGUGCGGGUGAGGAGCCGCCGGCCACCCGGCUCCCCAGGGCCGGGGCCAGGACUGGCACGGAGGCCGAAGCAACCCCAGGAGCCCGAGGCCGGAGCCGAGGAGGAAUGUGACCGGGGGUCGGCGGGGGCGCGGGAGUUGGCGAGCGCCGGGAUGGGGCAGCAGGUGGGCCGCGUCGGGGAGGCUCCCGGGCUUCAGCAGACGCAGCCCCGCGGGAGCCGGGGCAGCAGUGCGGCCAGGCCCUCCGGCCGCCGGCGGGACCUGGCGGGGCGCACCACGGAGGCCGGCUUCAAUAUCUUCACCCAGCACGAUCACUUUGCCAGCUGUGUGGAGGAUGGAUUUGAGGGAGACAAGACUGGAGGCAGUAGUCCAGAAGCCUUGCACCGCCCCUAUGGUUGUGAUGUUGAACCCCAAGCACUGAACGAGGCCAUCAGGUGGAGCUCCAAGGAAAACUUGCUGGGAGCCACUGAGAGUGAUCCUAAUCUCUUUGUUGCACUUUAUGAUUUUGUAGCAAGUGGUGAUAACACACUCAGCAUCACUAAAGGUGAAAAGCUACGAGUCCUUGGUUACAAUCAGAAUGGUGAGUGGAGUGAAGUUCGCUCUAAGAAUGGCCAAGGUUGGGUGCCAAGCAACUACAUCACCCCAGUAAACAGUCUGGAAAAACAUUCCUGGUACCACGGACCUGUAUCACGCAGUGCAGCUGAGUAUCUACUCAGCAGUUUAAUCAAUGGCAGUUUCCUGGUGCGAGAAAGUGAGAGCAGCCCCGGGCAGCUGUCCAUUUCGCUCAGGUACGAGGGGCGCGUGUAUCACUACAGGAUCAAUACCACCACAGAUGGCAAGGUAUAUGUGACCGCUGAGAGCCGCUUCAGCACCUUAGCAGAGCUUGUCCACCAUCACUCCACAGUGGCUGAUGGGCUGGUGACAACAUUGCACUACCCCGCACCCAAGUGUAACAAGCCUACAGUUUACGGUGUGUCCCCCAUCCAUGACAAAUGGGAAAUGGAACGAACAGAUAUUACCAUGAAGCACAAGCUUGGGGGUGGUCAGUAUGGAGAGGUUUACGUUGGCGUCUGGAAGAAAUACAGCCUGACGGUUGCUGUGAAAACAUUGAAGGAAGAUACCAUGGAGGUGGAGGAGUUCCUGAAAGAAGCUGCAGUGAUGAAGGAAAUCAAACACCCUAAUCUGGUACAGUUGUUAGGUGUGUGUACUUUGGAGCCACCAUUUUACAUUGUGACUGAAUACAUGCCAUAUGGGAAUCUCCUUGAUUAUCUCCGAGAAUGCAACCGAGAAGAGGUGACUGCAGUUGUACUGCUUUACAUGGCCACUCAGAUCUCUUCGGCAAUGGAAUAUUUAGAGAAGAAGAAUUUCAUCCAUAGAGAUCUUGCAGCUCGGAACUGCCUAGUGGGAGAAAACCAUGUGGUAAAAGUGGCUGACUUCGGCUUAAGUAGAUUGAUGACUGGAGACACCUACACUGCUCAUGCUGGAGCCAAGUUUCCUAUUAAAUGGACAGCACCAGAGAGUCUUGCCUACAAUACCUUCUCAAUUAAAUCUGAUGUCUGGGCUUUUGGGGUACUGUUGUGGGAAAUUGCUACCUAUGGAAUGUCACCAUAUCCAGGUAUUGACCUGUCUCAGGUCUAUGAUCUACUGGAAAAGGGAUAUCGAAUGGAACAGCCUGAAGGAUGCCCCCCUAAGGUUUAUGAACUUAUGAGAGCAUGCUGGAAGUGGAGCCCUGCUGACAGGCCCUCUUUUGCUGAAACACAUCAAGCUUUUGAAACCAUGUUCCAUGACUCCAGCAUUUCCGAAGAGGUAGCUGAGGAGCUUGGGAGGGCCGCCGCUGCCUCAUCUGUCGUCCCCUACCUGCCCCGAUUACCUAUUCUUCCUUCCAAGACCCGGACACUGAAGAAACAGGUGGAGAACAAGGAGAAUAUCGAAGGGUCCCUAGAUGCCACAGACAAUUCUGCUUCCAGUUCAGCACCAGGGUUCAUUAGAAGUGCACAGGUCCCCAGUGGGUCCCCAGCACUGCCUCGAAAACAAAGAGACAAGUCACCCAGCAGCCUCUUGGAAGAUGCUAAAGAGACGUGCUUCACCAGGGAUAGGAAGGGAGGCUUCUUCAGCUCCUUCAUGAAAAAGAGAAAUGCUCCCACCCCCCCCAAACGCAGCAGCUCCUUCCGAGAAAUGGAGAAUCAGCCCCACAAGAAAUAUGAACUCACGGGUAACUUCUCAUCUGUUGCUUCUCUACAGCAUGCUGAUGGGUUCUCUUUCACUCCUGCCCAGCAAGAGGCGAAUCUGGUGCCCCCCAAGUGCUAUGGGGGGAGCUUUGCACAGAGGAACCUCUGUAAUGACGACGGUGGCGGGGGUGGGGGCAGUGGCACUGCGGGGGGUGGGUGGUCUGGCAUCACAGGCUUCUUUACACCACGUUUAAUCAAAAAGACACUGGGCUUACGAGCAGGUAAACCCACAGCCAGUGAUGACACUUCCAAGCCUUUUCCAAGGUCAAACUCUACAUCUUCCAUGUCCUCAGGGCUUCCAGAGCAGGAUAGGAUGGCAAUGACCCUUCCCAGGAACUGCCAGAGGUCCAAAAUCCAGCUGGAAAGGACAGUGUCCACCUCUUCUCAGCCAGAAGAGAGUGUGGACAGGGCCAAUGACACACCUCCCAAAAAGUCAGAGGAAGGUACUGCUCCAACCAGGGAGAGACCAAAAGCCAAACUUUUGCCCAGAGGAACCACAGCUCUUCCCCUAAGGACCCCCUCUGGGGAUCCAGCCAUUGCAGAGAAGGACUGUCCAGGGGUGGGGGCAGCUGGAGUGGCAGCUGCCCCAAAGAGCAAGGAGAGGAAUGGUGGGGCACGCCUUGGCAUGGCUGGAGUCCCAGAGGAUGGCGAGCAGACAGGCUGGGCUUCUCCAGCCAAGGUUGCGGCCAUCCUCCCCACCACUCACAACCACAAAGUGCCCGUCCUCAUCUCCCCCACUCUGAAGCACACUCCAGCCGACGUGCAGCUCAUUGGCACAGACUCUCAGGGGAACAAAUUCAAGCUCUUAUCUGAGCAUCAGGUCACAUCCUCUGGAGACAAAGACCGACCCCGACGGGUAAAACCAAAGUGUGCCCCACCCCCACCACCAGUGAUGAGACUACUGCAGCAUCCGUCCGUGUGCUCAGACCCCACGGAAGAGCCGGCGGCCCCGGCUGCCGGGCAGCCCACAUCAGAAACACAGGAAGGAGGGAAAAAGGCAGCUCCAGGGGCAGUGCCCACCAGUGGGAAAGCUGGGAGGCCUGUGGUGCCUCCACCUCAAGUGCCUCUGCCCACAUCUUCCAUCUCGCCAGCCAAAAUGGCCAACGGCACAGCAGGUACUAAAGUGGCUCUGAGGAAAACCAAACAGGCAGCUGAGAAAAUCUCCGCAGACAAAAUCAGCAAAGAGGCCCUGCUGGAAUGUGCUGAUCUGCUGUCCAGUGCCAUCUCAGAACCAGUGCCCAACAGCCAGCUGGUGGACACUGGGCACCAGCUGCUUGACUACUGCUCAGGCUACGUGGACUGCAUCCCUCAAACUCGCAACAAGUUUGCCUUCAGAGAGGCCGUGAGCAAACUGGAACUCAGCCUGCAGGAGCUGCAGGUGUCUUCAGCCACUGCGGGCGUGCCUGGGGCAAAUCCUGUCCUUAAUAACUUACUAUCGUGUGUACAGGAAAUCAGCGAUGUGGUGCAGAGGUAGCCACUGUUAGCCUGCUCCUCCUGGAAGAGGCACGCGUUUCUGAGGGGACGGGAAGGGACUUGUUUUCCUGUGUUCUUGUUUUCAAAAAAUGAAAGACUGAUACUUGAGUGUGUUUAUGUGAAGUACCUCAGCUCUCUGAGAUCUCACGUUUACAGGUUCAUCUCAAAAAUAACAAAAAGCAAAGCUCAUAGGAGAGGGAAAUUGGAGGGGGCUGGGCGGGGGUGGGCAGGAUUGGAAGCUGCACUGGAUUAUCAGGGAAUGUGUGUAUGUGGUGCCAUGAAGAACCAAACCCAGCCGUUCUGACCUGGGUGCCAGGUGGCAGACAGGCUGCCCUUGGCCGUGCCGGGAGACUGCCCGACGGGCCUGGCUGCGGCUCCCGUCUGUCCCGCACAGGGACCUGGCUAGGGCUCCGGGAGGUACUAAUGAUUGUGUUCACCUCACCCAGGGAAGUCAGUGGGACAGAAGAAAGGAAAGCUGGGAAGGUGCUAAGUGAAGUUUCAGCCAAGGCUCUUGGAAGCAGCUAUUAGUCGUGCUUCCCCAAGGUCACUUGCUGCAGCAAGAACCGCAAAUCAAAUUGCUGGAAUGACACAAUCGGGAAAGGUGACCCUGCCUGUUGCUCCUCUCCUGUUUUCCAUUGGUGUGUUAAUUGGAGCUGGAAGUAAAGAAAUCUAGGAAGUACAGUCAGGGAGCUUGAAAGCUCCUAAAAUCUCACAUUGAUCAGCACAAGUCACUUCUCCCAGUCUAGUGUGUGAUUUCCUAACAGACCAGGAUUAUAGGGGUCUCUAGUGGUUCUUCUCUGGCCCCUGCUGGGCAGGCUGUCUUCCUUAUUCCUGGCUCUUUCAGGCAUUAACCAACAUUGAUUUUGAAAUUAGUGGUCAUGGACAGGUUCUCACAGGGAAUCCUUUUCUGAUACAGUGCCCCUGCAUACUGACAUGCUAGUCAAGGACUUGGGGAGUUGUGUAUUUUGUUAUCAACUAAAUAUCCAAGAAAGGGGCUCUUCUUGGAACCCAACAGCCAGGCCCAGAGACCAAUGACUGAGGAGAGGCUGGUUUGGUCCUAGUGGCUGUUUCUCUGUACCUCUCCCUUCAUCACCUUAGACCCAAUCUGGGUAGAAAGUAGAGAGAAGCACACACACACACUCUGGAUUUCAAAUGAAUCACCCUAAAUUAUUCUCACAUGCCUUUCUCCUUUCACAGUCCCCCCUCCCUCCAUCGUUGUGCUUGUUUGUAAAGAUCACAUUGGGAAUAUUCUUUGAUAUUUAUUUUAAUAUCAUAUUUUAAGAGUGUAUAAUUGAAGGAGCAUGUUAUUUCUAGGGAAAACCAAUUAGAUCCUGGAAAUCUAAUGACUUAACCCUCAAAUAUAUUUUGCCUUUGAAAAAUAGGCCUUUUCCUUCCCUACUCAUUACUUAGCUUUCAUUAUUAUGGAAGCUAAUUAGGAUCGAAGGGAGCUGAAUCUAAUCGGUAGAUGUUAUUAAUAUUCUCAUUAUCAGGUCUAAUCCCAGUUACCACUUCAUUCUGUUUUUAAAGCUUUGUGACUCCCUCCCCAAGGAGAACCCAAUACAAAAAAAUAAAUACAUUAUUUUUUUCCUUCCAAAGGAAUAUUAACUUAGGAAGAUAGGAAUUCAGCAUUGGUGAGCAGUGAAUUUUCUUCCUGCCUCUGUCAUCGAUCCACUGUCAAGCCACAGCCCCGUCUCUAAAUCUGUUAAAUGCAGGUAAUGAUACGUGUUCUCAUGGGUGUUUCACAAAUAAGGGCGUAGUUCUCCCUCUGAGAGCCUCCCUACAAAGCUAUUCAGUGCAGUGGUGUUAUCGUGAAUGGUUUUUCAGUCUCUUCUGUGCUCAGUAGCAAGUCAUGAAAUUUAGAGCUGUUGAGAUUACAUUAAUUGGGCUAGAAUACUAAUAGGGAAAAACUAUGUUUUAGACAGAGUUUGACAUCUUUGACCAAGGAGGACAUUUAGUUUUCAUCAGAAAGAAAGGAAACCUUGAUUCUUAUCAUGGCUGCUCCGAAAGGAGGCCCAGGCCCAGGGAAGGGUGUGAAGGGAGGGGCAGUCCUGGGCAUUCCUUGCUGGGGUGGGGGUCUCUGUCUGACACGGAAGAUGCAGCAUAGGCAGCUAGUGAUGUGCUUCGUCUCCUGGCAGCGGUUGGAAGAGAAGCUCGAGUUCCUUUCAGCGUGGAUUUGAAGACCAACAGUCCCGCCCCUAUCUCCUUCCUCGCCACUUCCCUUCAUUAUACACUGCCGUAAACUUGAAAUCGUUUUAGCAAUUAGCCUUUUAAGGGUGGGGCAGGGAAAGCUAAAACUUUAGACUAUUUUAUGCUGCUUUUUAAGUUUAUCCUGUCAUUAUGGGAUGCCAGUUGAGGGAUUAUAAUUGUUUUUCAGGGGAUUUUUAUUUUUUUCUAAGCACGGGAUCUUUCAUCGAGAGCUCUGAGAAUAAGCCUUGGAGGAACACUACUGAGUGUAUUUAAGCUCCAGAUUUCUCACCGAAAUAGUCUUGAGGGUGGGGGCUGUGUCUUACUCAGGGGAGGCACCUGGCUCUAGCUUGCCUACAAUAGGUGCUCAGUAAGUUAAUGAUUGAGUUUUUUCAACACUGUCAAUAGUAAGAUUGACUUUUGCAGCACCCCCAUCCACAUGAUGCUUGAACUGUGGAACUUCAGGAGGUGAGAGCUCAGGGUUAAGGGUUAAAGAGGCACUGUCAACUUACAAAAGUCUAAUAGAGGUUUUUCCUUUUUCUACUUGAAGAGGACCAGAUUUAAAAAAUAACCUUAUGUAAAUUUAAAAGUUUGAAUUCAAAGCAGAGAAAACUGCUUUUUAGAAAUUAAAAAUGUAGUUGAAUUCUAAUCGGUUUAAAAGCAAAGCAGAGAGCAGGGGCAAAAAGACAAAAUGUUGAAAACUUUCUAAAGUUAUACACACACGCACACACACACACCCACACACCCCUUUGGGCUAUGACAGUUUGAAUCCUUUCAUAUACAGAUAAUACAAUUUCAACUUAGAUUUCCUACCUUAAAAUGUAAUAUUUUGUGUAGAAUACAUCUUUAUUGUGCUUUACAUGAAGUAUUUUUUUAAAAGGCUUUGUGUAAAAUUAAAAUGUGUGUAUUUUCUAUUGACUGCCCUCGUAAUUUUCAGAGAUAUAGCCUUAAAAAAAUUGGCCCUAAGAAGUUCUUUCAGUGUUUUUCCAGGUGACCUCUGCCCAUUGAGGUCUUUAUGUGGAGCCACUUGCCCAGCUGCAUUUUGGGUUUUAAAUUAGAAUUUUCUUAUAAUUCAAUUGAAAGUUGACUAAUAAAAUAGUGCCCAGUUAAUAAAAUAUGCUCUGCUAAGGCAUAGCCCAUAUUUAUUUAAGGAGCGUCAUGGAGCUUUUGAGUUGAGGAUAGAGUAUAGUCAGUGAUUAAGAGUUCAGCCUCUAAAGUCAGUCCAGAAGGCAAGUCAUUUAAUCGUCCUGAGCCUUAGUUUCCUCAUUGGAAAACAGGGAUAAUAAUAGUAACUACCUCAGGUUGCCAUAAGGAUUAAAUGAUAAUAUAUGUAAGAUACUUAGCUUCAGUGCCUGGCACAUACUGAGCACUCCAUAAAUGUUAAUGACCACUAUUAUUACUAAAAAACUUAGUCCAGUGACUCUCAGCCAGGAAUGUGCAACAAAAUCCUCUGCAUUUAAAAACAAAAUAAAAUCUGAUGCAUUGAUCAGAAUUCCCAGUGGGGUGAGGGCUGAGCCAGUGUGUUUUAUAAGAACCCUGCCAGGUGUUUCCGACACUUGUCAGCAUCCCGCUUUUUUCCUUAUAGCUUAAGAUUGGAAGAGAAGACAGUUACUCGCUGUGGAUCUCAGCAGUUAAUUAGUGGCAGAGCCAAGGCUACAGUUCACUCUCUUGAUUUUCUGGUUGUGGGUCCCUCCCCACUCCUGCUGCCUUGUGAGACACUGCAGAGAAAGUGGCUCAGCUGGACAAUCAGUCUGCACAGCGCUGCACACCCUAAAGCACACGCUCCUGGCACCCUCUGACCUUAAGGGGCUUGAAUGCCGAGUGAUGGCAAUACUAGCAAAGCAGGCAACCUGUAGACGUCAGUAACUUAAACACUGUGUGGAGUCAUUCUUUGGGACAGAGCUCAGCAGCACCGCGAUCUGCACUUUGUAAUAAGGAAAUACCAACUUAAGUUCUACAACCUCGUCCUACAUUCCUCUUUCCUCAGAAAAUAGCAACAUAAAAUUGUAUUUUGUGCCAUUUUAAUGAUGGAGAUAAUGUAUGUGAAAGCACUUUGAGGAAAAAGUAUCAGGUGUAAUAUAACUAUAAGGUCAGAUUAUUAAUGUCUGUUAAAAGUUAAAGCAGUUGGUUACAAGCUGAUCAACUUAACAGGCUUUUACCUGUGUGGGGCCUGAAAAUGCAGAUAUGUAAGCAGUCACCUCUGUAACUUACGGCAUUUAUAAAUAUGGAACUGCUAAAUGACUGUGUGCAGGUUCAGUAAGUGUUUUACUGAAAUUGUAGCUCAGUGUUGAAUCACUUCAGAAAACUAGGGACCAACUUUCUGGUUUAAUUAUAAUCAUUAAAAAGUAACAAUGGGCACUCACUCCACAACAGAGAAGCUCUUCCAGGCACCUGACUCAAGAAGAAGGGGGCCCUGUUGGUUGUGAGCCUUUGUCCGCUACGCGUCCAGUCAUCUAGCAUCUAAAUGGGGCGGCAGCAGACACAUUGCCUGUUGAUGUUGACAGUGUCUUUUUUAACCUGUGUCCUGCGUGGGGUUUUUGUUGUUGUUGUUUUCCUGCGGGGCAAGGGGUUUGGGGGUGAGAGGAGAUUGGAUGGCUAUAGAACCAGAGCGUUUUAGGAUUUCCUAUCAGUUAUAAAUGAGCUUGACAUUCAUCAUCCAUGUUUAUUUUUUUCUAAGAAGAGUAGCUGAAUAUAAGUCACCUGUUAGAUGAUAAAAUACUCAAGAGUAGACUGCAUUGGUGGCCACUUUGAGUGACAGCUGCACUGUAUUCUGACAUCUCCUAUUCCCUUCCAUGUUUGCUACUGAUGUCAUCACUGCUCUCAGGCUCUGCUCCCACAUUGGGCUGACAGGAUUGUUUUGUUCUUGAUGACUUCUGGGUUUCAGCAUCUUGCUUGCAUUAAUUUGGGAUCCAUCUCUCUGCCCUUAGCCUUUAUGACCAGUCCUCUUUAUGUAGGUGGGUCUCUAGACAGAAGUUUCUAAUGUAUUUGUUAAUAGACUCCAGCUUACUAUAUCUCUGUCAUAGCUUCUGUCAAGCCAGUAGCGCGGUUCUUUUGUAAAUCCCUGAUUCAGUUUGAGAUCUGUGGGAGCAAGAGAGAGAGAGAGAGAAAGGCAGCCCCAAGGGCACCUGACAAUCCAGGGAAGUAGCUGGUCGCCAAGGCCUCCUCACAGAGGAAGGCCUUGGGCUGGUUCUAAAACGUGUCCUACCAUUAACAGGAUAUUUAUAUCCUUGGGGUAGAGUUUCAGUUUUCCAACUCCCAGACUUUAAAAAAAAUCUAAUGUAAGGCUUGCUUUUUCGGGCAGGUCAAUAGUGCCUGGUGUAACAGUUACCAUUACCUGCUCUGUUACCAUGGGCCUCCACUGCCCACCCUGUUCUCCUGUGUCACUGGGGAAGCAUGGGUGAUUUCAGGGCUUCUCAGUAACUGUUUUCGCUCCAGCCUGCCUUUCGUGGAGUUUACUGCAAUGUCCAAAAAGAUGAGCUUCUGUUCUGGUCCUGCUGCCUUUGAUGCCACCCACCUGAGGUAUAUAUUUUAUAUCUUGAGAAAACGUGUAUGCAAGAUGACUCCGUGUCCUAGAUCCAAAGGACAGGAAAUUGGGGAAGGCUUCACCUGUGAUUAUCAGGGUAGGACAAUACCAUGCUGCUCCCCUGGGGAGGAGGCCUGGCAGCUCAUCUUGCUUUUAGCUGACUUGGGAGGUGUGGAGAUGACUCUGAGAGGAUUGUGCCUUCAAGGAUGGGUUUCAUGUGUUCUGCAGAGGAAAAGACUUGUCAUCCCAGUUGAAGUUGCAAGUUGCUGAACUGGUAGAAAUGAACAUGCUGGUUGCAGUGGCUCAGAGCCCUGGUCAGGGAGAGUCCCCAUUUGGAAGUUCUCCCCACACGGGCCACUGCUCUUCUCUCCGUCCUGCUGGUGAGUGGGGGAAGGAUGCUCUAACUGCACCCUUCCCUCCCUCCAGGUCACUCACUCCGUUGCCCCUAUGUACCAUUAUACAUUUGAAAUUGUUUACCUCUCCUAGAAAAAGUGUAUCCUUUAACCUCCUCAUUGCUGAGCAACCUGAACACAGUAGCAAGGCCUUGUUAACUCAACCCGCAGUCACAAGUGGUGUGUGAGCAGAUCUUCAAACCUGCAGACCCUCUUAAAUCGGGUGGGGAACCUUUUUUCUGCCACAGGCCAUUUGGCUAUUUAUAACAUCAUUUGAGGGCCAUACAAAAUGAUCAACUUAAAAAGUAUGUUGCUAUGGAAGAGCUUCUAGAUUUAUUGAAUUUUUAGUCCCGCCUGUGGUUGCCUUGGAAGGGCCAGACCAAAUGGUACGGCCGGCUGUUCCCCACCCCUGCUCUGAGGAAAGGAUGGCUCCUGUAAGUUGAAAGGCUAGACCAAUACUGUCCGUAGACCACACCUUAUACCGCCCUGUGUCUGUUCUUUGUUCAUCGUACUGAAAGCAGCAAGUUUCUGGGUCCUACAUGUCACUCAUACUUCUGAGCUGUACACACAGGGCUUGAGGUCUUAGAGCAUUCUAGUUAGUUUUUUUGGAUAUAGUGGAAAUGAACUGUCAAAUGCUAGCAGACUUAAAGGAAAUACAGUGUCUGGUUGGAGCUUGUUUAGAUUUGCUUCUGAGUCUUAAGAUGGUUUUAAAUCUUGUGUUUAAGCACAGCAGACUUUAGUUGGAGAAUGGGACUUCUGGUUAAUAAAAUAACCGUGUGUCAGGAUAGUUAAUUUCAGCAGUUAUAACAGUAACACAGGUAUGCCAGAUGUCUUCAGGAUUCAGAAGAUAUUGCAGGAGCGGCGUUGCAUCCCAGCCACUAUUCUGUAUGGUUCUGAGUGGCAGCACUGCCCAGAGGCAGAGAUGCUUCUGGUAGAUGAGGCCUGGAUUUUCUCCAUUGACAAGCUAUUUUACACGAUGGCCACUGUUUUUGGAACUCUUUUAUGAGAGAAAUUUUCAGAGAUUUGGAGAAGUCACCUUGAUUAGGCUGAUUGUCCUUCAGAGAAAUUAGUAUUCAGAAGCUGGAAAGGACGAUGAGGUACUCAUAGCUAUUUAGGGCGUAUGCUUGAAAACCCUCACAUCUCAGGUCUGUGUAGAGGGAACAUGCCAUGUCCACGUUAUGUGCGUACCCUGUUGUCGUGCUAAGAAAGGAGGGGUAAGAAAGGGAGUUAAUCCAACCCUGGUUGGUGUGUUUGCCGAGAACAGGCUGCCUGAGCUGUUGGUCUGUGCUCAGAGCCUGUCUCCUGGGGGUACCCCAUACUCUUCCUUCUCUGCAGUUUGAUUCUGUGACUGUCAGUGGAGGAACCCAGUUUUAUGUUCACUUGGCAAAAGUAAUUUUGAAUAUUUUGUGGUGGUUGACAGAAUUUUGUCCUAAAACAUAGGCUUCAGAUUCUUUAAAACUUGUUCAACGUUUAUACCAAAGGUCACGCUCUGCAGGUGCACGUGUGUUGGGUGCACAUGAGGGUGAGGUCUGGAGGGCCUGGCACUGUGCGCGUUGCUAAGGGAACACAGUGAGACAACACGGGAUUUAAUGAAAACACAUCAGUCAUGGGUCACACUGCCGGUGUCGUCAGGUGUUUGCUCUUGUUAUUGUAAUAUAUUUUCAGGUGUUUUGUUUUCUAAUUUAAUUCUCUCGCCCUGUUGUCUGACUGUGAACUGCUAACAGUGUUAAACUUGAUGUAAAUAAAUGAGGCCCUUGAAAGGGGAAUGCUGUCUGCCUGUUGUCUCACAAGGCUUGCCAACUUGUGUUUUAUUUUAAUAAAGGUUGCAAUAUUUUAUUGGCAAA